CUCGGCCACGCCAACUAUCGCGCUGUCUAUGACCUCGCUCGCUCCGGUAACUCAUCCGGUAUGCCCAUUAACCUCUCUCCCGUUCCGCCCAAGUGUGACGAUUGCAUACUUGGCAAGCAGACACGGACUAACGUCCCGAAAACACGUCAAGGACCUAAGUCAGAGAGGAGAUUGGGUAUCGUGCAUGUAGAUUUGAUGGAGCACCCUGAUACAGUGUCCGCCGCUGGUAAUAAGUACAUCAUGGACAUCAUCGAUGAUCAUUCUUCCUACACUUGGUCUAUCCCCCUUGCUGCUAAGUCUGACGCGUUCCCGGCACUUCAAGCGUGGACUCUCGCU